UGCCCGCGGUACACCUGUUGGGGCCACUUAUAAUCAGGUAAUUGCUGCAGCGAGCGCCUGAAGGUUGGUGCGGGCAGCGUUGUGCUUCAGCCUGUAUUACAGAAGUAUAGCCGCUUUCUGGACGGCCGGGCACCCGUGACGGCGCCUCGCGGGUUUAUUACCCAUCAGUACACCUGCGGAACAGCCAUGAACCCUCCAAACUGCAGGCACGAGGCAACCCCGCCAGAGCAUUAUGAGCCACAGUUGUCGACAUCCUCAGCUGCUGCAGGAGGAGGAGGAGAAGGUGGGGGUAUGUAUCUGAAUGCCUAUGAAGUGUCUUUUCCCCUGGAGGAUAAUGCCGAACGGCCCCCCACCUACCACCUGAAUCACGGCCAGCAGAUGAUGGACGAGCCUGGAGUGCAGGAGCUUCCUCACCCUCAGUACAGCCCCUUCAUCCUGGUCUCCAACUUGCGGGCUCACCUGUACGUCUCCCUGGAGAAGAACUCUUGGCUGCAGAAGCGCAUUGAGGAGCUGGAGGAGGAGCGAAACUUCCUGCGCUGUCAGCUGAACCGCUUCAUCGUCAGCAUGAGUCCAGAAGCCACUGAGUGGUGUGGUGACGCUCAGCGUGCUGUGAAGGUCCAGCCCAACUGCUCGCCAAGCCCUCCCUCCCCCAUGACCACCCGGUCUGGAAUGACCCUGAAACGCCUGCAGGACUCAGGACCUCGAACCCGCCGCAACAUCUCCGUUCCUGUCAAACAAGAGUUUCACAUCAAAGAAGACAAAUAUUACACUGAAGAUGAGUAUGUGGAGGAAGAGGAGGAGGAGGAAGCAGAGGAGGAGGAGGAGGACUCAUCAGUGGAGAAGGGCUCAAAGAAGAAGGGCCGAGCACGGAACGCAGGAGAGCCCAGGAUGAAGAUGAGGAGGAUCUUUAGGAUCACACACGGCCGGGAGAGACAAAGAGUUAAAGACCCAGACGGAGUUUUGAUUCGUUAUAAGAAGAUCCUGACCACCUACCAGCGAGUGAGGAGCAUGUCUCGGGCCUUUCAGAUCCACGGAGUCGACCGGAACACCAUGGCCUCCACCUCCCCGAUAGCAGAGCUGCUGCUGGUGGCUCCAGAAAAGGUGUCUGAGGUUGGGGAGUUUGAGGCGUCAAAGGAAAAGCUUUUGGAUUACGCCCGGAGAUGUUACAAGACCAUGGACGAAGAGACGCACGCCAAGGUCCAGAGCAUGAAGAAGACCCACAAGCUGCUCCCCAUCUCUUACAGGUUCAGAAACUGAACCUGGAGAAAACUCCACUUUUGAGGUUUUGCCUUUCCACACAUGAAGUACAACUUUGUUUUUUCCUCUUUAAGUGGCUCUCCUUAUUAAAAAGUGGUUGAAUAAUUUAAAACACUGCUAAUAGCUUUUUUGUGGUUCUUUAUUUUUUUCCCAUGAAUGCAAAUCCCUCUUGUUUUUUUUUUAAUUUGAAGUUGAUCUUUUUUUCACUCAGGAAUAAUCAGAUUUUUUGCCAAUGUUUUGAGAGAGCGAACACUCCCAGAUGAUGAUGUUGAUAUACUUUACUUUCUUUGUAUUUAUUUAUUUUACACUGAAAUCCAGUGUAUAAGAGUGAUUUGUUAGACUUGUAGCCUAUUUUUCUUGCAUUUUCAAAUAUAUAUAUAUUUUCAAAUAUAAAACAUUUUCCUGGUGGAUUUUUAUUGCUUUAAAGAGCAGAAAGAUGCCAACAGUGUUUAAAGGUUUGGAGUCCUAAAGUCAAAGUGUUGCUGAUAUAAUGAUGACGACAUAAAUAAUUGUACGUUAUGUAAAAAAAAAAAAAACUGCUGAUCAUUUUGUUUGUUUUUGCCUCCA